CCCCGUCGAGCGCGGCGGAGGGAGGAGCAGCGGCGGGGCCUGGCCGGCCCAGCCCAGCUCAGCCCGGCGCAGCCAGUUUCCCUACAGAGAUGACUGGCUAGUUGCUGUGCUGCUCCAUGCCCUGGCACUCAGUGCCCUGUGAUUUCAGAUAACAAACACAAGAAGUGACUCACAAAACGUGUGGUGAGAAACCAAAAGCAGCUUGCCUUGAGUCCUCAAGAUCACAAUCAACUGGUUGGUACUUCAUAAUGAUGCAUUAAGAAACUGGAUACGGUGCCAAAAGAACUCCAUGCAUUUCCACGAUACUCUUGGAUCCUGACUGAGAUACUUUUGGAUUAUAUAUAGAUUUCUGUUCCAAGGAGAAGAGUGCACGCUCACCUCCCUUUCUGCCAGCUUGCUGGCAGAGGUGCUUUACUAAGAUCAUGGACCAUCCCAAUAGGGAAAAGGAUGAAAGGCAGCGGACGACGAAAGGGAUGCCAGGGAGGAGCAGUCACGGCUCUCGGCCGAGCUCAUCUGCGUCUUCUGGUGUUCUUAUGGUGGGACCCAACUUCAGAGUGGGCAAGAAGAUUGGGUGUGGGAACUUUGGCGAGCUCAGACUAGGCAAAAAUCUCUACACCAAUGAAUAUGUAGCGAUCAAACUGGAACCAAUAAAAUCACGUGCACCACAACUCCAUUUAGAAUACAGAUUUUACAAACAGCUUGGAAGUGCAGGAGUGAAGCAGUCUGUUUACUUGUCAGGAAGCGGGAUCAAGAAAAAUGAAGGUGUUGUGAAGAAACUUGCCACUGAAGAUAGGUCUGAGGUGCCUCAGCAAGGAGUGGUGACAGCUGAAGGGCUUCCCCAGGUUUAUUAUUUUGGACCGUGCGGAAAGUACAACGCCAUGGUACUGGAGCUGCUUGGUCCUAGCUUGGAAGAUUUGUUUGACCUCUGCGACAGGACGUUCACUCUGAAAACGGUAUUAAUGAUAGCCAUCCAGCUGAUCUCUCGAAUGGAAUACGUGCAUUCGAAGAACCUCAUCUACAGAGAUGUCAAGCCAGAAAACUUCCUUAUUGGCCGGCAAGGCAAUAAGAAAGACCACGUCAUUCACAUCAUAGACUUUGGAUUGGCAAAGGAGUAUAUUGACCCAGAAACCAAAAAACACAUACCUUACAGGGAACACAAGAGCUUAACUGGAACGGCGAGAUACAUGUCCAUCAACACACAUCUUGGCAAAGAGCAAAGUCGUCGAGACGACUUGGAAGCCCUUGGCCACAUGUUUAUGUAUUUCCUGCGAGGCAGUCUGCCCUGGCAAGGACUGAAGGCUGACACCUUAAAAGAGAGGUAUCAGAAGAUCGGGGACACAAAGCGAAACACUCCGGUUGAAGUUCUCUGUGAGAACUUUCCAGAGGAGAUGGCCACAUACCUCCGUUACGUUCGGCGAUUAGAUUUCUUUGAGAGACCAGACUACGACUACUUACGAACCAUCUUCACAGAGCUGUUUGAGAAGAAAGGCUACACCUUUGACUACGCCUAUGACUGGGUCGGCAGGCCAAUUCCUACUCCAGUGGGAUCUGUUCACGUAGAUUCCGGGACGUCUGCAAUAACGAGAGACAGCCACGUCCAUCGGGACCGGCCGUCACAGCAGGCUCUGCGCAAUCAGGCGUCAUCCGAUCGCCGAGGAGAGUGGGAGAUCCAGCCCAGCCGGCAGACCAAUACCUCGUACCUGACAUCUCAUCUGGCUGCGGAUCGGCACGGAGGAUCAGUGCAGGUGGUUAGCUCGACCAACGGGGAGCUGAACGUGGACGACCCGACGGGGGCACACUCCAAUGCACCUAUAACAGCACAGGCAGAGGUGGAAGUGGUGGAGGAAGCUAAGUGCUGCUGCUUCUUUAAGAGGAAACGGAAGAAGACGGCUCAGCGUCACAAGUGACCGGUGCCUCCUGGGCCUUGCAGGAACACCACGUGCACCUGCGGCUCCUGCCCUGGCUAACUGGAAGAGGCUUCUCUUUAGGGGGAGGAGGAGGCAUAGGAGGAAGAGAAAAAAAAAACACAAACAAGUGACAUUUUAAACCAAAAAGAGAAGAAAACGUUCCAAAACAAACCACUCUCGGGUGGAUCUGCUGAAUGGUCUCCCUCGUUCACUCCAAGCCUGAUGCUCCUUUUGGGACCAGGACUGUGGCUGGCUCAGGUCUUGGUCGCCCCGGGAGGGGGGCUGGCUGGCUGACCCUCCUUCCCGUUGUUUACGGCGAAGGCAUCGUUCAUGCAAACCUGAGGACUGUGCUUAGUUCCUGCUCACUUUACCCCCCUCCCUCCCCUGCGCUCUCUGCUCCUCCGCCCUCCUCCCUCCUUAAUUAAGAAACGAAGCACCGUAGGCUCAAUUGGCUCUCGAGAGGGCAGGAGGAUGUGGUCGGGGCGCGAGAGUUGCGUGGGAGAAGGGCCUGACUGCUGCAGCAGUACGACACAGGUUCCCUUUUAGGCUCCUUGGGAACAGUUACACUGUAAUGUGCAAGCUGUGAGAAAUUUGCAAUCUACUGUUCCAGUUAGGUUUCCUGGCUCCCCUUGACACCUCCCUCCUCUGACGGUAACAGAGCAAUGUGGAUUGUUUUAAAGAAACUGACGUCGUUGCACUUUUUAUUAUUUUUAGCAUUACAGAUGCACAUUGUAUCUGUGGAUUUCUGCGUGGACCAGUGGUGCAAGCGCAGACAGACAUUCAGCUGGGAACGUUGGGGUGCAGAGAGUGCCCUCGAGUGGGGAUGUUGAUGACAUCCACACAACCCUUGUGCCAGUUUGGGGUUCCUGGAGCCCGCCCUGGGCCGUGCGCUGAGGAAAGCAUACUUGAAUUUUCAAUCACCCUUUCCAGCUGCCAGUGAAUGUCCCCACCAUGGUUUCCUACACCGUGCCUGACCCAAGCAGCCCACAGACGUUGGCAGCAGAGAGAGGCAGAUCAGGGUUAACAUAACUGGGAGCUGGUGCUUCCCAGACCGCAGGCAUCUCAGUGCAGGGCCAGGCAAGCACGCGGCCCUCCCCAGCCUUCGGUAGGGUGGUUGUGAACACGCACCUUCCCUGGGGAAGUGUGAGGAGCAAAGCUUCCCAGGCAAAGUGGCAAUCCUUCACUGCCUUAAUACUGAUUUCAUCUCCAGAUGGUUGGAUGGCUUUGACUGGAACAGCCUUGAUGUCCUCCCUGCAAGCUCCCAGCCUAUGGGGAAGCCACGGUUCGCGUGCAGGCCAAACACACAGCUAGCAGCUAGCAGGGCACCUGCGACAUGAUGGCUUGUGUCCUGCUGCCACGCUUCCCAAACCGGAGGAGGCUGAGGCUGCUCCUGGACGUGGCAGGGUUGUGGAAGAGCUCAGGCAGUUUUGGGGGAGUUUGUGAAUAAAUAGAUGCUCGUGCUCUGUGUUUCCAUGUGUGCCAUCUGACUGCACUGCAGCUGUUCGCUUGAGGGAUUUCACUAGCUGUAAACAUGGGCUUGUGCUCCCUGGGGAGUACGGAUGGAGGAGAGAGAGACGAGACCUCACAGCCUGUUGUGAGUGGUGAGCUGUGGGCUGGGGCUUGUGGCGUGGCACCCCAGGAGCUACAGCUCCCUUCCUCGGCAGCCGGGCCGGGUGUUGCUCCUCGUGCUUCCUCGAAGCAGGUGUGAGGUCAGCACAGGAAGGCAUUGCUUCUGUGCCAGGAUCCCUCCGGGCCAUCCUUAGCCAUCUUUGCCUCUUGAUGCCUUACCUGCUGGAGCGCGGCUCUGAGCAUGGCCGCUCCUCCUGUCCCCAGUGGCCCCUCACGCUGCAGCCUGGCUCACUCUUUGCUUGCACGUCCUCUGGGAGCUGCACACACCCUCAUUCUCGCUCUGCAAAGUGCUUUCCUCGGGGCACACCGCAGGCUGGGGCAGGGAUGGACCUUCAAUCACCUGCACGCAAGAGCCAGAACAGGCACUUUGUCUCUCUUCCCCUCUUGCUGGAGGGAGGACAGGGAUCAGCCAUGUUCCACCCUCCCCGUUCCGACCUCUGCUGCCUCCCUGCAGUUCCGUGUCUCUGGCACAGACAUUCCCCUCUCUGCUGUAGGAAACCAUGGUUUGGCAUCUUGCGGGGGGAAAGGGGCACAGGCGCUCCCCAGGAGCAGCCAUGCGUGCUGCAGAUGGAGCCGGGCCUCGAGACACUUCUGUUGCUGCCCUCCCAAGCCCCACUAAGUGCCUGUCACCAGAACUCGAUUCCUUCUGCAUCUCCUGCCGUGUUUGGUCAUUCCUUGCUGCGUCCACCCCAGGAGCAGUUUGUAGUUGCAGCAUCUGUAAGUGUUUGCAGGGUGAGGGAGGGCUGGGGGAGAAGGGGCCAUCUCAACAGUUUCUGUUCUUAAAUGUUUUUUUUUUUUUUUCCUGUUGUUACUUAUUUGUUUUUUUGUUUCUGUUUUUUUGUUUUUGUUUUUAAAGUGAAUGUAUUUGAUUGUUUAGAAACUUUCCUGACCUUGUUUUUAAAUGGGUUGGUUGGAAAGCUGUUUCACCACGACCCGCUCUGCUUAUCUCUGGAGAUACGAUGUUCUUUUAAUCCUAUGAUGAUGUGUUUGUAGGGGAGGACGGUCCCCCCACGGCAUGCUGGUAAUGCUCACUUGUACCAAGCCCUCUUGCACUAUAAUCGUAUGUUGGACUCUUCGACAGGGCAAAGGUGGUGGUUUGUUUUGUUUUGUUUUUUUAAAAAAAGGAAAAAAAGCAGGUUAACAGCAAGUCCUGUGUGUGAAGCUCCGCCAUCCCAGGGAUGGGAGGUGAAGAGAGCCGAGCCGGGCCAAGCCGGCUGCUGCGUGCCGGGCAGCAGGCAGCACAGCCAGCAGGGAGAGCUGCGGCCCUGCUGGGAGAGCCGGGCGGGGGGUGCCGGGCAGUGCCCUGCCAACAGUGCGAUGCAGUCUUCUGAGGCGUCAAGUGAGACUUUUUUUGUUUUUUUUUUUCAAUAAAACAUUGCACUGCUGCAUUGUUCUCCA